AUGGUAGGGCCACAGCCCCAGGUAGACCUGGCCACCCCCACAGCCCAGGUAGACCUGGCUGCCCCCCAACAACCCGGGGUAGACCUGGCCGCCCCCCAGAACUUCGGAUACAGCACAUGGGAGCCAGAAGAUCAUAUCUUGGACCCUCGCCUGGUAGUGGCUUAUGAAGAAAAAGAAGAGCGAGACCGUGCUUCGGGGUACAGGAAAAGAGGUCCCAAACCAAAGCGCCUCCUUCUGCAGGCUCGGGCCCAGGCGGAGGCCCUCCACAUUGGGGAUGUUCACUUUUCUGUCAAGCCUGGCUCCAGCACCUCCUCUCCCAAGCUGCACUCCAGCGCUGCCGUGCACCGGCUUAAGAAGGACAUCCGGCGCUGCCACCGCAUGUCCCGGCGCCCGCUGCCCCGUCCCGACCCGCAGAGUGGCGGCAGCGUGACCGGCAGCACCGGCAUCCGUCCCCCCGUCUCGCCCUUCUCCGAGACCGUCCGCAUCAUCAACCGCAAGGUGAAGCCCCGCGAGCCCAAGCGCAGCCGCAUCAUCCUCAACCUCAAAGUCAUUGACAAAGGUGGGAAGCCUCCCAACGGGGCGGGCGGCCUGGCCCGGCCCAAGAUCCCUUCCCGAAACCGCGUCAUCGGCAAGAGCAAGAAGUUCAGCGAGAGCGUCCUGCGCACGCAGAUCCGCCACAUGAAGUUCGGCGCCUUCUCGCUCUACAACAAGCCGCCCGCCGCGCCCGCCCCCGCGCUGGAGGGCAAGGGGGAGGCCGAAGGCUCCCAAGCGUCCUCCUGCGGGCUCCUCGUGGGCUCCAGCCCCUACGACGCCCCCAGCUCCAGCUCCUCCGGCUGCCCCUCGCCCGCCCCGCACUCCUCGUCCGACCCUGACGAUUCCCCUCCGAAGCUGCUUCCCGAGACCCUCAGCCCCGCCAUCCCUGACUGGCGCGAGUCAGAGGUGCUCGACCUCUCCAUCCCGCCCGAGUCAGCGGCCACCAGCAAGCGCUCCCCUCCCGGAGCCUGCGGCGGCGGGCAGCCGCCUGCCUUGGCCCUCCCCUCUCCUGAGCCGGAGCAGGAGACGGGCGAUUGGCGCCCCGAGAUGUCCCCCUGCUCCAACGUGGUGGUCACCGACGUCACCAGCAACCUCCUCACCGUCACCAUCAAGGAGUUCUGCAACGCGGAGGAUUUUGAGAAAGUGGCGGCGGGCGGCGGUGGCGGCAGCAAGUGAGCGG